AUGACGACUCUCAGGCCAUUCUCGCCAGCCGACACACUCUGCUUCAACGGCGUCAACUCGGAUUUCUGGACAGCGACGUAUCACAAUGGCUACUACUCGAUGUAUGCCGCAACAUGGCCCUCUUUCUGCGUGACAGCCGAGAAUACGAGCGGCCAGAUCACCGCGUAUAUGCUCGGAAAGGACGAGCCGCCGCCUCCAGAUCCGAAUCAUCACGGCCAUCUCACGGCGCUUUCUAUAUCGCCAGGAUGCCGGGGCGUUGGUCUCGCUCGGGUCUUCAUGAACAUCCUCGAAGCGCUCUCCGGCUCGAGAACCGCUCCAGCGAAGAGUGCUACUGUGCCAAACAGGGAUGCGGUGGAUGCGUGGUUUGUGGACCUGUUUGUGCGGUGUAAUAAUGAGCGAGCGGUAGAGAUGUAUGAGCGGAUGGGAUAUAGCGUGUUUAGGCGGGUAGUGGAUUAUUACACUGGCAUGGGAGAGUCAAGAGACGAAAAGGAUGGAUUCGAUAUGCGGAAGUCGAUGCCGAGGGACACGGCAAAACGAUACGUGAGACCAAACGGUCGGGAUCUCCUGGUCGAGCCAGACCAGGUCUGGGCAUGA